AGCCACAUCACUAAAAAUCAUAAUGGCCGCGGCUUGUUUGGCGUUAUCGCGUCUUCAAUUUUAAUUUUAGUGAUUUUGUACCAAAUUACAACUGAAACAUUGACCAAAACACACUAAAAGUGUUAUUUUAGUUUGUUUAGACUGAAAUGGCCGCAGUGCAAGGCGCUCCAGGGAACAAAAACUGGCCAGCUAGACCCGGUAUGCAGCAUCAGAACAGUCAAGGGCCUGCUUCAAGUAUGACUUUAAAUAGGACGAUAAACUUGUAUCCAUUGACUAAUUAUACAUUUGGAACUAAGGAGCCGCUGUUUGAGAAGGAUGCGUCGGUUCCCGCCAGGUUUCAGAGGAUGCGGGAGGAGUUCUCGAAAAUCGGCAUGAGGAGGUCAGUAGAAGGGGUGUUACUAGUUCACGAGCAUGGUCUGCCACAUGUACUGCUGCUGCAGCUGGGGACGGCAUUCUUCAAGCUACCCGGAGGAGAGCUCAACCCUGGCGAGGAUGAGAUUGAAGGUCUGAAGAGACUGCUGACAGAGACGCUCGGCAGGCAAGAUGGAGUCAAACAGGAGUGGCUCAUUGAGGAUACCAUUGGCAACUGGUGGCGCCCCAACUUCGAGCCGCCCCAAUACCCUUACAUACCGCCCCACAUUACAAAACCGAAGGAACACAAGCGUCUCUUCCUCGUCCAACUACAAGACAGAGCCCUAUUCGCAGUACCCAAGAAUUACAAGCUCGUCGCAGCACCCUUGUUCGAGCUGUAUGACAACGCUCAGGGGUACGGACCGAUUAUUUCAUCGUUGUCACAAAGUCUGUGCCGGUUUAACUUCGUGUAUAUGUGAGGAUUUUUGUAAGGUAUAGUAAAAUGGUUGGUUUUGAUGGAGUCUCUAUCUAGCUCGGGAACUGCUGGUCCUGUUAAAAAAAUUGUUUCAGUGUUAAAUUCUUACCAAUGUUAUAAAUUGUGCAACACGUAAAUGUCGGUCCGCCUUGUGAUCUCUCCGAUGGUGUCGGAUUGUCGUCCCAUCGUGCUAUGAGAGUGAAGGAAUAGUGAGUGCACCUGUGUCCAAGCAAAUGUGCGUGCACUAUAAUAUGUCCUGCGCAGCUGGCUGG